UUCAAAUAAAAUAUUAAAUAAAAAAGAAAAAUAUUAUUAAUUUUAUAUAAAAAUAUCUUACAAAAAGUUAUAAAGAAAGAAAAAAUAAAUAAAUUUCUUUUGUAAUUAAAGAAAUAAAAAAAUUCCAUACAGAAAUUUCUCAACGUAACUUCGAGAUAUUCGUGUAUUUAAAGAAGGAAAAAAAACGAGAAAACAAAUUUUAAAGAUCUGAUUUGUCAUUUAUAUUAUACAGUGGUGAUUAAAACAACAAUAUUCAUUCAUUUACUUCUGUUUGAAUAGACCACUAAGGUAACAAACAAGAAAAAAACAAAAAAUAUCAACAAUAACAAUUUCCCCACAUUCCAUUAUCGCAAUAUUGGAUUAGGAAUUAAUAGGGGAUUUGAAUUUUAAACCGAAAAACGUCGGACAAUUGUUUAAACUGUUUUACGUGGAAGGGAAUGGUAUAUUUUUUGGGGGACUGGGGCAUGGGAGAUUCUGACUGUGCGUCAUAUCAUCAACAUGUUCCAAAUACAAUACAACAGCAGUUUCAUCAUCAGCAACAGCAUCAUCAUCACCACCACCAACAACAUCAACAUGAGCAACAGCUUCAACAACAACAACAACAGCACCACAAUCACCACCACCAACAACAUCAACAGCAUGUUGGACAAAUUGCUCCUAAUUUAAAUCAAUUGUCUCCCAUACAAUUUGGCAGCACAACUGGUUCAGCAGCGACUUAUCUAAGUCAUUCGGUUGAUACACAACACCCAACAACAACAACAUCAGUAUCAUCGACACCACUAACAACAACACCAACAGCACAAAAUGUUGCCACUAGCUCUUUGGUCACUGCCAAUUUGCAACAGUUGUCUGUAAGCAGCAAUAACCUAAGUCACUGUGUUGUUGAUACACCUCUUAAAGGUUUGGCCAAGGUCACUAACGAUCUAAAUAACCAACAAAUACAACAACAACCACAACAACAAUCACAUCCUUUAGCUAGUGCUGCUGCUGCUCUACAUCAGUAUUUGGGUCAUCAACGUCAACGUUCGGAAUCUUGUGCUAAUUUUACAACAACAUCGGGUAAAACUAAAAAUGCUGAUGUUGCUGCUGCUGCAAUUACCAAUAAUAUUAGCUCUACCAUUACGGGUAAGAAUAAUUGUAACCUCAAUAUUAAGACCCAUUUGGGCGCUAUAACAUCAUCGCACCAGCAAUUACAAUCGCAAUUGAGUAAGGAUCAUUUGGAGAGUGAAGAUGAAGUUGCUCUACAGCCCUUAUCUAAUCAGGUAGGUCGAGAAGAGUUUUAUUUUAUCAAUCAGUCAGUAACUGUUUCCCAAAUCCUUAACCCCAAAGUGUUUGAGUUGUUUCAAUUUCACGCAAGAUCACUAAUCCUUUUGGCCUGUUUCAUUUUAGGUGUUAUGCAAGCAACAACAAUGGGUGGCUGUAAAUUGGAGAAACGUUAUUCCCCCAGUUUUCGUGAGGAACCCCAACGUAAGAUGAGCGCUUCAAAACGUAAAAGAGAUGAUAUUUUAAGAAUGAAAGUUCAUAAAAAUGGCAAUGCUGCGGAUGUUAUAAAAAGCAUAGCACAAUUGGAUAAUUCCAAUAAACAAUAUUUUCUUAUGCUGGAGAAUAUAACCUCACAAUUUCGUAAUCCCUGUAUAUUGGAUUUGAAAAUGGGUACACGCCAGCAUGGUGACGAUGCAUCCGCUGAGAAACGUACUAAGCAAAUGGCUAAAUGUGCUGCCAGCACAUCGGCCUCUUUGGGAGUACGUUUGUGUGGCAUGCAAACGUAUCAGGCACAUUUGGAUCAGUAUGCCAAACGUGAUAAAUACUGGGGGCGUGAACUGAAUGAAAUGGGUUUUAAGCAGGCUUUACAUGAUUUCUUUUACAAUGGUUAUCGUUUACGAACACGUGUUAUCAAGAAAAUCGUACAGCGUCUAUUGCAAUUGCGUCGUGUUAUUGAAAAGCAAUCGAGUUAUAGAUUUUAUUCCUGCUCACUACUUAUAGUGUAUGAAGGUUUUGAAGAUAAUCCCAUGGAACAUCCUAUGGACUUUGAUGAAUGGGCCACACCAGCUACACCCACUAAGAAUACCAAAAAAUCUGCCACAUUUGAUUAUCAUCCCGAUAAUAGUAUCGAUGACGACGAAGAUGAUGAUGAUGAUAUUGUCGAUGAGGAUGAUCGGGAACAUGAUGAGGAAGGUCACGAUGGUGGCGAUGAAUUGGAACCUCAUGACACCGAUGAUGAUUUACAUUUGCAAGCCGCUGAUAGUGGCAAUGCGUCGGCUACCAAUAGCAGCACAGGCGGUGAUCAAUGUUGCUAUGAUGCUGAUGCCUCAAAUGAUUCAAAUACAGCCGAUAUGAAUCUCAGAACCCGCAUUAGACAUUUGCAUAAUGUAACAGCAAGAUCAGAGUCUCAGUCUGUCGACGCCACUACACCAACAGCUACUGUUUCACCGGAAAAGUUUAGACAACAAACAACACGUGGUGGUUUUAGUGAACACAUAGAGCGGGCUACUAAACACCAGGCAUCUUCAUCCUCUGAAGCAGAGGAGGAACAACCGAAUGCUUUGUUAAUGGAUAAUGAUAGUAGAUCCAUGCCACCACCACCUCCAUUAGCCGGUUCUAAUGUAAUGGGUCUUAAAUCUAUGGAUUUGACAAGACCCACAGCUUCCUCUACUCCCACCACACCCGCACCUUUCAUUCCCAUAUCCGAAGAGACAGUAUUUCUCGAUCCCGAACCUCCAAUGCCCAGUAUAGCCACCUCGUCGCCGCAUUCCGGUGACUCAUGGAUGAACUACAGCAGCAAUAGCAGUGAUGACUUUUCGGGUCUAUCGGAACAAAUCAAAGCGGUUACCAGUGGUCGCCAAACGGGCAACAACAGCUCGGACGAAGCUUCCUCAGACUAUGAUAGCAGCAUUAUAAGUCAAACGGAAGUGAUGUUGAAACGUUACAAAUCACAACAAGAUGCAUUUGAAACAGCAGUUGCUGCAGCAGCUGUAGCCAAAAUAGCCACACCGCCACUAACGCCCAAAACGUUGGUACACAAUAAACUAAACUCCUCUACGGUCACAACAACAGCAUCACCCACAUCAUCGACUACAUCGUCCUUGAAAUCGGUCAAGGGGGCAGUUAAGCGUUUGCGUUGCAAAGACGAUGAUGAUGAGGACGACGAAGAUGAUGAUCACAAUCAUCAUCACCGGCUGCACCAUCAACAUCAUCAUACGCAGAGUAAUGAUAAAUUGGUGGAUGUACGUGAAACAAAAGACUUUGGCAAAAAAUCUUCAUCAGUAGCUAAAAAAUCAACCACCAAUGCCACAGCGUUAUCAUCGUCAACUCCCGUCUCAAUAAUAAGUUCACCAACUAAAACACCAACAAUACCUGCCACUACAGCUGUAAAUAUGUCAACACAACAGCCACAACAACCAACAACAGCUCAAGCACAAAUCAAACAAAAUAUAGAUAAUUCUGGUAUUCACAUGGAUACCUCCUCAAUAAAUCUAACAGCAGCUGCAACAAGAACUACAAACACAACUACAACGACAUCUGUUAAGGCAACAGCAACACCUCUAAAUAGAGCCACCACAGAAUUGCAACAGCAACACCAGCAGCAACAGGAAAUCAAGGAAAUUUCUAAAUCUAAGAAAUUCCUACAACAUGCCUCCAAAUCCUUGGACAUUGAUACCAAGAUACAGUUGUGCGAUGAUAUGCACUGUUUGGUAGAUGUCAGACUCAUCGAUUUUGCCCAUACAGCCUUUGUGCCACGAAAUGGUUCCGGCUUAUUUCCCUCGCCACCAACCACCAUACAUCAUGGACCCGAUAAUGGCUUCCUCACCGGUCUCGACAGUCUAAAUCGUUUGCUAAAUGAAAUUCUAAGCGAGGAAAUCAUGUGUUGAAUAUGUGCAUGCGUGUGUGUGUAGACAAAAGUUAAACAAAAACAAAACUCUUGGACAAUUUUUUCAAAAAAGCUGAUGCGCCUUCUAAAGGCCUAAACAGUAAGAGUAGAAGAUUUAAAAACUUUGCACGAAAGUUUUCCUUGAAAGGUUUUCUCGUUAUAAAAAAAAUGUAAAUUUAGCAAAUGAAACAAUGUUUCAUUUGUUAUAAUUUAUUUUAAAUAACAAAAAUAACACAACAACCCUCCUCUACCCUGCCAGAACCCUUAAAAUCAAAUUUAAAAGGUUACAGUUAUGCGUUUUGUAGAACCCACGUUUAAACAACAACAAUUAAAAGAGUUUUAUAAACAAAAAAGUGUAAUCUCCAGUAAAUUGUUUUAAAACUUUUUCAAACUUAAAGAAAAAAGAGUAAUGAAAUUUAUGCCAAUGUGAUACAACAACAACAGCAACAACAAAUAAAAUACAAAACUAAAAAAAAGUAAUGCAACAACCCCCCCAGAUAUUUUUUAAUUAUUAUUAAGACAUAUUUGCAUAAUUAUUAUAUUAUUAACAUUAUUUUUUUUAAACAACAUCAACAACAAAGAAACCAAUUUGAAAAUAAAAAGAAAAAUCCUUAUAAAACAAAAAAACUGACAAAAAAAAUGUUUUCAACAAACCAAUUUUUGAUCUCUCUUAUAACUUUAUAAAAGUAUAAUGAAUAUGAUUGCAAGUUGUGCAAAAACAACAAACUAAUUACUAAAUUAAUACAAAUUGUAAUUUUAGUUAAAUGAUGACUACAUAAUUAUGUUUGGAAUAUAAACUAUAUUUCAAACUUAAUAUAACAUAUUAAAACAAUACCUGACUUGAAUGUAAAAAUUAACAAACAAUGAAAAAUUUUUAAAAAAUAUAUAUAAAAAAAAAAACUGAACAUCUUUUUAGAAAUCAUUAGUAUACUUGUUUUAAGCAACAUGUUUAGAAAUGUAUUUUAUGAUUUUUAAAUUUUGAUUAAGAUUUUCUUAAAGUUUUUUUUUCUUAAAAUGAGUCCGUUUUAUAAUUUAUGGAAAUUAUAUCCAUUGUUCGUUUUAUAACUUUUGGAAAUCAAGUAAUUUUAAAAAGAAACUCAAUUUUCUUUAAUUUUAUCUGAAUAUAUGAAAUCCCAGAAGAUAUAAAUUAACAAAAUUCCCAGUCCUCGUCUUUAAAUUAUGAUUUUCUAUUGAUUCUUUUUCAUAAUGUUAAGCUUUUCUCAAAAAGUUUUGUCACUUCCGAAUUUUUCUCUAAUACUGAUCGCAUUCUAAUUUUUUGUCUCCUUCCAAACAGAUUCUAUGAAAGCAGGCAAUGUUAUGAACAAAGAGAACCUAAAAUUAUAUAGUUUUUUCGAACGACCAAUAACUGGUCCUUCCAUAGAAUACUGAAAAGAUAUCGCAAAAGGUUUAGAAGUUUUAGGGUUUAAGUUUGUUUAAACUUAGUUUAAUAUAAGUUUUGUGUUUUUCUUGUUACUUUUUUCAUUUUACAAAAGUAUUAUUUGCAAAAAACAGCUGUUCAUUGUU